UAGCCACUGCUACGAUCUAAAGUUUAGAACAAAAUUAGCCAUUCGUGCAACAAGGGCUAUAUUGCUGAUUAGAUUUCACUAUAGGCAACUUGCAUGUUAAGUACUUACAGUAAUUAAAUCUCUAUUUUAAACGUUUCGACUUCUGAUAAGAUUAAAAUGAAGUGUAUAUAAAGGUGAUUAAUAUUGUAUAAAAAUUAAAGAAGAUUGUCAAAACAGUAAAGAAUAAAUUUUUUAGAGAAACAAAACGAGUUUUAAAAUAAUUAUUACAAAUAUAUAUUUAACAAAAUCUAACAUCUAUGAGUCACUAAUUAAAAGCAGUCGACUUUACGGAGCAGAAACUUGAAGAAUAACCGAGAACAACAUAAAAAAUUAGAAGCUGUAGAAAUGGAUGUGUUUAAAAGAUCGUUAGGUAUAUCCCGCAGGGAAAGAGUUCGAAAUAAGGAAGAAAUACGAAGAAUUGGAAUAGAUGGUUACUUAACAACAGACAUUGAGAGGAAACAGUUGAUUUGGUAUGGUCAUGUUCAAAGAAUAGAAGACACAAGACUACCCAAGAAGAUUAUGCAGUGGGUACCACCAAACCGCAAAAAACGAGGAAGACCCAAAAAGACAUGGAAAGAAGGGGUAACUAAAGCAAUGAGUACAAGAGAUCUUAGAGACGGCCAAUGGGAUGAUAGAAGGACGUGGAAGUUAGGCAUCGGACAACGUCGAAGGACGUUCUAA